AUGUCUUCACCGCCGCCCAACCCGUCUCUUCCGCUGUCGGGAUCCUCUGUCGCGCCCGUCCUCGCCGUCCUCACCCCGGAGGAGGUGUCCGGGGUGCUGCGGGACCUAACCCAGGCGGUCCAGGAGAUCCACCUGUUCUUGGCCGGGUCCUACGGGCCGCACCCGGCUGCGCCGCCCAUCGCCGCCACCGUGCCGCCGUGGCUGCCGUGGCAGCCGCUGCACCAAGCGUGGCAGCCACCGCUCCUGGCGGCCUCCGCCGCGCCCUGCGCUUCGCCACAGCAGCCGCUGCCGCUGCCCCAGGGCGUCCCUGCCGCGCUCACCGGGCCGCUGCAGCUGCCAUCCACUGCCACCACCGCCCCGCCCUGGCUACAGUGGCAGCCGCCGCUCCUGGCAGCCUCCGCCGCACCCGGCGCUCCGCUGCAGCAGCCACCGCCGGUCAGCUCCGGCCCCGCAUCGACCGCGCCGGCGAGAGUCCCGAUCCACCAGAUCAAGUUCCCGCUGUCGCCAUUACCGCUUCCCCAGGGCGUCCCCAUCCAGCAGAUCAAGUUCCCGCCGUCGCCGUCGCCGUCACCGCUUCCGGCUUGGAUCACUACCCGCCACGUGUCGGCGGCGGUGAGGCUGCAGGCUGCUGCGCGCGGCCUCCUUGCGCGUCGGCGUGUGCGGGAGAUGCGUGGUCUGCAGCUGCCGCUCCUCCCAGCUGUUUUUCGCCGCGCAAAGGACCUCGAUCUCGUCCGCUGCGUCGGGGAUCUUGGGCAUAUUGUUUUCCCCGCGGGCAGCGACCUCAAAGUGGUGUCCAUGGGAUCCAGGUGGCUGUACACGUGCACGUCCGACAUGCGGAUGGUGUCCACUUUUUGUUAA